UCGACGGACAGGGAGAGCAGCUGGACUCCGACAUGGCCGGACACGGAGCAGACCUGACAGAGGAAACCCAGUACAUGAUAGACAGAAAUGCGGGCAAAGAGGCGGCGAACGUGGACUCUCCUUCCAACGCCAAAGAGAUGCGAGCGGUGGUCCUGGCAGGUUUCGGAGGUCUGAACAAACUCCGGGUUACCAAGAAGGCAAUGCCCGAACCCCAGGAUGGUGAAGUGAAGAUCCGCGUCAAAGCAUGUGGCUUGAAUUUCCUGGAUUUGAUGGUACGUCAGGGGAAUAUUGAUAAUCCUCCAAAAACUCCCCUUGUUCCUGGAUUUGAAUGCUGUGGAAUAGUGGAGUCUGUGGCUGAAAACACACAGGGAUUUGAGAUAGGCGAUAGAGUUAUGGCGUUUCUGAACUACAAUGCCUGGGCCGAGGUGGUUUGCACACCAGUGGAUUUUGUUUACAAGAUGCCAGAUGACAUGACGUUUACAGAGGCGGCAGCGUUCUCCCUGAACUUUGUGGCUGCGUACAUGAUGCUCUUUGAAGUCGCCAGUCUGCGGGAAGGCAUGUCGGUGUUGGUCCACUCAGCUGGAGGUGCAGUGGGACAAGCAGUGGCUCAGUUAUGCUCCACUGUACCUAAGGUGACUGUGUUUGGUGUCGCCUCCUGUUUCAAGCACACGUCCAUCAAAGACUCUGUGACACACCUUUUUGACAGAAACACUGACUACAUACAAGAAGUGAAAAAGAUCUCUCCAGAUGGAGUUGACAUUGUGUUGGACUGUCUGUGUGGAGAAAACACAGGGAAAAGCCUGAGUCUCCUAAAGCCACUGGGAACCUACAUCUUAUAUGGUGCAUCAAAUACGGUAACUGGGGAAACAAAGAGCUUCUUCAGCUUUGCAAAAUCUUGGUGGCAGGUGGAAAAGGUGAAUCCAAUUAAACUUUAUGAGGAGAACAAAGUCAUAGCGGGAUUCUCCCUCCUCAACCUUCUCUUCAAACAAGGAGGACGCAGUCUCGUAAAAUCAGCAAUGGACAAACUCUUGAGUCUAUAUGAGCAGAAGAAGAUCAGGCCUGUAGUGGACUCGCUGUGGGCGCUGGAGGAGGUGAAAGAGGCUAUGCAGAGAAUUCAUGACAGAGGCAACAUUGGAAAACUUAUUCUGGAUGUUGAGAAGUCUCCGACCCCUUUGAUGGCCAAUGACAGCACAGAGACCAGUGAAGCAGGAGAGGAAGAGGAGGAGCCCGAAGGAGAUAAUGACAGCAAGGAGCGAAUGCCUUUCAUUCAUUAGUGUCGAUGAAAGCCGGUACUGCUCACCUAGAGACUGCAUAGAUUCACCACAGAGGAACCCAACCAGUGUGUAUAUGUGUCUGCAUGUUCUGUGUGCAUGUAUGCAUAAAUGUGUGGAUGCCUUUGUGCUUUUCUCUCUGUUACUUAUUACUUGUUAGUAGAUUGGGAAAAGAAGAAAUAUGACUUGUUUGUCUUUGGAGCAGUUCUACUUCAGUAACUUACAUUAAUGUAAUGUCAGUAUUUUUGUGCGUUUUAUAAAUUAUCUGCCAACUGUAUGCUAAAUUAGGAAGUUUGGGAAACUUGCUGAAGCAGUCACAUUGAUGCUAAGCACAGCAAUUUUGGUAACAAUAAAACAAAGAAGGACAACAAAGUUGAUCAAAGAAUUGAAAAAUAUGAAAAUUAAUCUUAGUGUCUUAAUACUAACAGUAACUUACAUUGAUGUAAUGACUGUAUUUUUGUCCGUUUUAUAAAUUAUUUUUGCCAACAGGAUGCUAUGUGUUUAUCUAGCAAUAUUGCCCUGAAAAGUUAUCAAAAUCAACCAGAUUGUGAGGACGUUCCCUGCCACAGCCUUAUUUAAAUAACCCAAAAGAUUACCCUUCACACUUGGUUCCAGACUUUUGCAAAACUUUGAUUUUCUUAAAAUUUAGCUAGCCUUUUGUUAACUUAAUGUGCUACUGAAGAACAAAACCCUGGUUCAUCUUCAGAUUUCUUGUUGAACAGUUCUUGUGAACUGCACAACAAUUUUGUUCACCCUGACAAAUUCGAGUUUGUUGUGAAGAAAGUGUUACUCCGGAGAACAUUGUUGCUGCCUCCAUGUUUUAUAUUGGGUCAGCUGUUUUUGUACCAGACAUACUUUUUUCAGAAUGUGGCCAAAUCCAAAGUUUUAGUAAAGGAAUUGUUGCCCAGAAAUUUGUCCAGUCAUAUGUGUAUUAUGACAUAUUAUAGAAUGCUAAUGAAAGGCAUCCUCCUUCUAAUUGAUACAUUUGCAGUGACUUCUUAGGGGACUACUUUAUAAAUAUUUCAUGAAAAGGACACAAAAGUCCCUUUGUGUCCUUUUGUGAGGGAAAUCUCACAUGGACAAAUGAACUCUUCUUCAUCUAAUCAGCUGUUUGGAGGCGUUAACUCAAUAUUUUAUCUUGAUCUUUAAUUAAAAAGGUGCUUCAAAAAUAUGGAAGUUUCAGGGUGCAGACGCUUAUGCAACAAGGUUUGCAAAAGUUUUUUUUUUCUUUUUGGUGUUGUUUUUGUUUGUUUGGUUUUGUAUAUUUUCUCCCUAACCUAUGUUUCUGUAUUAGAGUGUACAUGUUUUACAUUCCAAAAGCCUUGCCUUUUUAAAUAGACCAUGUACACUUUUCAACCCACUGUAUUAAAUCCUUUCCUCAUAAAAGGAAAGUGCCAACAGGAGAGUCAGAUUUGUACAAUAGUUUUUACCUGAGCCAUCCUUCAUAUAUUAAAGUAGCACCAGUGCCUUUGAGCUACAAAUUAGUGUCUUAAAUAACUCCACAGGUGAGAAAAUAUUUUAACUUUAAAAAAAUGGCAUACAUUUUUCAGAUUGAUGAUGUUUUUCUGUUUGUGCAGUGUGCAGGUUGACUCCAAAAUUAUCCAGUUUUCUUGAAUGUGACUAAAAUACUAAAUAAAAGAGUGUCACUCUUAAUUAAGACAGAUUUGACACAUUAUGGUUUAGAGAGAGAGCGAUAUUUAAUGGACGUGGAUUUUUACGAAGUAGCUAGUCAGACUGGAGUCGAAGAGCUGCGGAGUCUCUGCUCUCCUUGUCUGACCAAAGUUGUUUACUGUUUGGUGCCUCACGACAAAAGUGCCAUAAUACUUAGAGAUUAACUAUUUUUAUUGUGAAAGCAAACGCAAGUUCGAUCAGCACUGUGCAUUAUAUUAAAUUAUCAGAAGCGAUUUACAAGUUGUUCGAAAUCCUUCCUUGAGCUUUCGGGUUUUAGUUUCUACUGUAAAAAAACAAACAAAACAUAUUUUAGUACCCUUUUUAAACAGCUCUGCAUCACACCGUAUUUUCAAAUGGGUGGGUUAAUGAUAAAUGAUGCGUCAUUUUAAAACAGACCAGAUUUUCUCAGCUUUUAAAAAAAGUCAAACUCUCCAGUCCAUUUCGGCAUUUUAAGUGCAUCAGCCUUGCAACAAAAUCAAAGUAAUGAGUCCUGCAACUCUAGAAGUUUUCAUAUAAUAUCUAGAAAUUGUAUAAAACCAUAGUUUGAAGCUAGUUCACAGUUAAAGUGAUUUCCUUUAGAUUGUUCAACUAGAAAAAGAUCUCAAAUGUUUGCUGCCUUUAAUGUCAUGUCUAUGUGAAUGAGUGUGUGAAUGACAGGAUAGGUUUUUGUGUGUGUGUAUUAUUGUAUUUUCUUGUAAAUGCCUUCAGCACCGUAGUGUAUUUAUAGCAUUCUUUCUAAACAAUGGUUGUAUAUUUUUGUCACAGUUUUUGUGUAUUUUCUUUGAGCACAGCUCUGUUUACUUGAAUAAAUAUGCCUACAAAGCAUAACAUGA